GGCCACAGAGCGUGCCGUAGAGGGGCGUGGCGACGCAACAGCGAUUUGAUUCGCAGAGUUCACGUGCUGGUCGCAGCGCUUCUUGAACCCACCAUGGCUCAACAGGGGAGUCUAAACCUCAAUAACGAGGUUGUGAAGAUGAGAAAAGACGUGAAGAGAAUCCGAGUGCUGGUUAUCCGAAAACUUGUCAGAAGCGUUGGCAGACUCAAGUCAAAAAAGGGUACUGAAGAUGCACUGUUAAAAAACCAGAGACGGGCACAACGACUGCUUGAAGAAAUUCAUGCAAUGAAGGAAUUGAAACCUGAUAUAGUAACUAAAUCUGCUCUCGGUGAUGAUAUCAACUUCGAAAAAAUCUGCAAAAAGCCUGAUUCUACUGCAACUGAAAGAGCAAUUGCUAGGCUAGCAGUGCAUCCUCUUCUGAAGAAAAAAAUAGAUGUGCUAAAAGCUGCUGUCAAAGCUUUUAAAGAUGCAAGACAAAAUGUUGAAAUUAACUCAUCAAAGAAUGCUUCAGUAGAAAAUCAUUCCAAGGACACUUUGUGUUCAAAUGAUGAUGCCAGUAAGUUACAGCAUGAAGGAACUAUUGUCAGUGAGCAAAAAGAGAAAGAAGCCAAAAUAUUGGCAAAGAAACCAAGAAAUUCAAAAGAAAAAAUAACCAAGAUGGAACAUGGACCCAAUGCUGUAGACAUUCCAGAUUCUCCAUCAAAGCCUUCUGAAGGGGAUUCUGUAGUUCCGUCUGAACCGCGGAAGACACCUGCUGACCCAAAAAUGAAAACAAUAAGUAAAACUAAAAAAAGUAAAGGGUCCAAUAGCUCCCUUGGUGAUAACAGUGAUGGAGAAGAAUUACAGGAAGAAGAAAAGGAGUAUUUUGAUGAUAGCACAGAAGAAAGGUUUUACAAACAGUCUUCAAUGUCUGAGGAUAGUGACAGUGGUGAUGACUUCUUCAUUGGGAAAGUCAGACGGACACGAAAGAAGGAAAGUAGUUGCCAUUCUUCAGUUAAGGAACAAAACCCCCCCAAAAAAGUGUUACCUGAAGAAGAUCUACUUGAAACCCAUCAGAAUAUAAGAAAAGACAAAAACCCGCCAAGUACAGAAUCAAGGAAGUUUGAGUCAGUGUUUUUCCAUUCUUUAUCUGGAUCUAAAAUCUCCAGAAGAGAACAGGCUCCAAAAAGCAAAACCCCAGGUUUUCAGCAAAAUGAACUUCAGCUCAAGAAUCCGUUUAAUAAGAGUGCACAGAGAGGACUUGAAAAUACAAAACAGCAGUCACAGCUGCCUCUUCAUCCUUCAUGGGAAGCAAGCAGGAGGCGGAAAGAACAGCAGUCUAAAAUUGCUGUGUUUCAGGGGAAAAAAAUUACAUUUGAUGAUUGAUUAGGACUUCUUUCUGUGAACCAGCCUGUUAUUAAAGUUAUGUUUACAUAAGCCGUGCACAAAUCAAGUACAUACUUAAAUUGUUUCUUAAUAAUAUACCCGCACUCUUCCCUCUGUGCAAGAAUUCUGAGAUCACAACUCUCUCGGUCUUGGCCAUGUGCACUUAUCAUGAAGUGAAUAUGACAAGUGUAGCUCUUGUUUCUUGCCUUGAAAAUGAAUGUUUAGGAGAUAUAUUUUACAGUGGAAAAUAUGAGGAAAUUAUAGUUAUUUAAAAUAGAUCAUCGUUCCUAAGAGUUAUUCUUAGCAAAACUAAGUUAACUUUUAUUAUGGGUAUGAAGACAAUAAAUUAUAAAAAUAAAUGUUAAUUUUUACUAUA